AGGAGCACCCGGAGCACAUAUGAGUUUGGAAGCAAAUGAGAAGGAAAACGAAACCAAAACAACAAUACGAACAGUCUGGAUGCAGACGGAGUGCAGCUGAUAUCAAUGCUUUUACUGCGCAAAGCUAACCCCACCCUGACCAUCACAGUGACAUCACUAAAUCAAUUGAGUGCAUCACUGAGACAUACAAUGUUGGCUUGCAUUUGCUAGUCUGCAUACAGAUAAUAUUGAUAUGAACAGCAAACUCCUGGGCAUCAUAACAGUGUGGCAGGGAAAAAAAUGACUGAAAACCGAGAAAUAACACACGAUGGAGACAACGACAAUGAUAACAGCGUAAAUGGGGAAUUUUAUACCUGCAAUCUGCGAAAAAAAAAUAAAAAAAUAAAUUUAAAUGUUUCAAGUGAUGUUGCUGAGAUUACAAGGUCAAACACAUGGAAGGGAAAGCUGAUCAAAAAGGAUAUUUCAAAAAAGCCAAGUGUGGAAAUUGGAUCCGUCAAUGCUUCUUUAAGCGGUGUCAUAGGCAUAGCUGACACUAUUGACAGACCACCAGCGGCCACGGCAGAAGGUGUUUAUGCUAACACUGGUGCAUAUGCAACUGGUAAUGAAUAUAAACCAGGAAAGAGACUCCCCAAGGCUAGAGCUUUUGCAGAAGCAGGAGUUGGACGAGCUCGAGCUGAAGUCGGUAUUUAUGAAGCAGAAGCUAAAGGCCCCAAUGCAUCAGCUGAGGCUGAAGCCAGUACAACUUUAAGAGCAUCAGCAAUGGCUCGAGCUGAAAUCGGCAGUCUAUCAGCUAGUGCCGGUCCAGUCGGUGUGAGAUUGGGUCUUGGAGUUGACACGGGUGUAUCUAUUGGUUUGGAUGGGCUGGAGGUCAGAGUCCUGGGAUUUGGAUUCUCAGUUGGUCCAAGAACCAGUAUUUCUCUUCUGGGAUCAGAAGUGUCAUGUUCAAUCUUGUAGACAUACAGGUGGUUUUCAUUAGAUUACACCUGUUUGGAUUCAACCAUUGUGAAGAUUAAUGGACAACAACAAUUGCAGAAGAUGACGACUAAUGAUGAUAACAAUUCCUAUUGCAUUAUAAAUGUUGUUCUAGUCAUUGCACAGGUUGCUCACUGCUAUGAAACACUGCUAUGCUCUGAAGUCUGUCAGUUACAUGGGUAUGGUGUGCAUGUGUAUAUAUAAGGCGACGCAGUGGCGCAGUAGUUAGUGCUGU